AUGUACACGGGGAGCGGCGGCCGUCCGCGCAACGGCGGUGACCACCUCUCCGACCAGGAGUUCCAGCGCGGCAACCUCGCCCUCGUCUACAGCUGCAAGUACGACGUCGAGGUGCGCGUCAUCCGCUGCCAUGACUGUGACGCCAGCCCCAGCGGCAAGCUCUACGUCUACGAUGGCCUCUACAAGGUCGAGUCCUUCGCCUACGGCCCCGGCAAGUCCGGCCACGAGGUCUGCCAGUUCAAGCUCGUGCGCCUGCCAGGCCAGGACGCGCUCGGCAGCAACACCUGGCGCUCCGCCAGAGACCUCACCGACGCGCUCGUCGCCAAGAUCCGGCCGCCCGGCUACCUCACGAUGGACAUGUCCAAGGGCAAGGAGGCUGUGCCCGUCCCCGUCCGCAACACGGUGGACCACGACGUCUCUCCCCUCGAGUUCGUGUACCUCGCACGCCCAGAGUUCCGGGCGCCGCCCAAAUCUGUGAGUCGCGUCCACAAGUGCUGCAUCUACUCCAAGACGGCGUGCAGCGAGAUGUCGUCCAAGUGCGCGGCGUCCGGCUGCGCCUGCGUGAAGAGGAGCGGCGGGGGCGGCCCGGCGUACAGUGCCGACGGCACGCUCGUGAGGGGACGGCCGGUGGUGUACGAGUGCGGCGCGAGGUGCGGGUGCCCACCCGGGAGCUGCCCCAACCGGGUGACGCAGCGGGGGAUGAAGCACCGGCUGGAGGUGUUCCGGUCCAAGGAGACGGAGUGGGGCGUGAGGACGCUGGACCUGAUCCAGCCGGGCGCCUUCCUCUGCGAGUUCACGGGGGACGUGCUCCCCGCGGAUCAGUCCCGCAUUGCCAACGCGGAUGCAAAUGCCAGGACCGGCGCGUCGACGGAGGAGUGGGGAGGCAUCGUCGACCCGAGGAAGUUCCCGCCGAGGUGGAGGGAGUGGGGGGACGCCCCCGCGGCCGUGCUUCCGGACGACGGCGAGAAACCACCCCGGUUCGCGCAGUGCCCGACGCCGGGGUACGUGAUCGACGUGUCCACGAGGAGGAACUUCGCGGCCUACAUCAGCCACAGCGGCGCACCGAACGCGUUCGUCCAGCUGGUGGUCCGCGGCGACGAGGACGAGUCGUACCCCCACCUGAUGGUGUUCGCCAUGGAAACCAUCCCACCCAUGCGCGAGCUCAGCAUCGACUACGGCGUCGAUCAGUGA